AAGAGGCAUGGGAGAGGUAGAGCCUGCUUUCAUCCAAGAGCUGCAACACAGACCAAAGUUGUGUGUGAUCGAAGCUGAAGAAAUUCCUGUGAUAGAUCUCUCUCCAGUAACGAAUGAGGCAGUUUCAGAAGCAUCUUCCAUUGAAAGGUUGGUGAAGGAGAUAGGGAGUGCGUGCAAGGAAUGGGGUUUCUUCCAAGUAAUCAACCAUGGGGUGCCCCUCAAUCUGAGAGAAAACAUUGAGAAAGCUUCAAGGAUGUUCUUUAGUCAGAGUUUGGAGGAGAAGAGGAAGGUUAGCAGAGAUGAGAGGAAUGCGAUGGGUUAUUAUGACACUGAGCACACCAAGAACGUUAGGGACUGGAAAGAAGUGUUUGAUUCUGUAGCCAAAGACCCCACUCUGGUUCCUCUCACUCCUCAUGAACACGAUGAUCGACUCACUUACUGGACUAAUUCCUCACCUCAGUACCCUCCACACCUCAGGAGUACAAUCAAAAAGUACGUUGAAGAGACAGAGAAAUUGUCCUUUAAAUUAAUGGAGCUUAUAGCUUUGAGCUUAGGCCUUGAAGCUAAAAGGUUUGAGGAAUUUUUUGUGAAGGAUCAAACUAGCCUUUUUCGUCUUAAUUAUUAUCCUACAUGCCCUAGUCCACACCUAGCCCUUGGUGUUGGUCCACACAAGGAUGUCGGAGCCUUAACCGUUCUUGCACAAGAUGAGGUUGAAGGACUAGAAGUGAAACACAAUGGAGACUGGAUAAGAAUUAAACUCAUCCCAAAUUCCUUCAUUAUCAACCUUGGUGAUAUUGUUCAGGUUUGGAGUAAUGAUGCAUACGAGAGUCCAGAGCAUAGAGUGGUGGUAAACUCUGAGAAAGAAAGAUUUUCCUAUCCAUUCUUCCUCUUCCCUGCACAGGAAACUGAAGUCAAGCCUUUGGAGGAGUUGAUAAAUGACCAAAACCCUUCCAAAUAUAGGCCAUACAAAUGGGGCAAGUUUCUUGUUCACAGAUUUAGCACCAAUUUCAAGAAACGAGAGGUGGAUAACAUUCAAAUAUUACAUUACAAGAUAAAAUAAUAGUAUAUAAUUAACGUCAUUUGUCUUAUGUCUGUAAAAUUCUGAAUUGGGAAUAAUAUGUAGCACUGUUAAUCCAAAACAUCAUUUCUGAAGUGAAUGACG